AUGGCUUCGUCGUUCGGUGUGUGGGACUAUGUUGUGUUCAUCGCCAUGCUGCUUGUUUCCGCCGGAAUCGGAGUGUAUUAUCGGUUUUCCGGUGGCAAACAGAAAACAAACACGGAGUACCUGCUCGCUGAUCGCAACAUGUCGAUCUGGCCGGUAUCGUUCAGCUUGAUGGCCAGCUUCAUGUCCGCGAUCACGCUGCUGGGCGUGUCGAACGAAAACUACCAGUUCGGCACACAGUUCGUGGCCAUCAACCUGUCGUACGGGCUUGCCACUCCGAUUGCGGCCUACCUCUUCCUGCCAGUAUUCUUCCGCCUGCAAGCCUGCAGUGCGUAUGAGUAUCUAGAGAAGCGUUUCGGCAAAAAGACACGGCUGGCUGCGUCGUUGGCAUACACGCUGCAGAUGAUUCUGUACAUGGGAAUUGCGGUGUACGCACCGGCCCUAGCCCUGCAGGCUGUUACCGGUCUGGACCAGGCCUAUUCGAUCCUGGCGAUCGGUGGCAUCUGCACAUUCUACUCAACGAUCGGUGGGAUGAAGGCGGUUCUGUUUACCGACGUCUUUCAGUCGGUGCUAAUGUUUGCCGCCAUCUACGCGGUCAUUAUUUGCGCGGCCAUUAAAGCCGGCGGUCUUGGACCGAUCUGGGACGCCGCGUCCGAAGGUGGACGGUUGGAGAUUUGGAACUUCGAUCCAAACCCAACUACGCGCCAUACCUGGUGGACGCUGACAAUCGGCGGUAUGUUUACCUAUCUGUCACUCUAUGCCGUCAACCAAACGCAGGUGCAACGGCUUAAAACGGUGAAGAAUUUAAAAUCUGCCCAGAAAGCACUGUGGCUAAACUGGCCCAUUCUGUCGCUGCUUAGCCUGAGCACAUCCUUCAGCGGGCUAGCGAUCUAUUACUUCUACCGCAACUGUGAUCCCUUGCGGCAGGGCCGUAUUAAGGUGCGCGAUCAAACAAUGCCACUGUUUGUUGUCGAUGCUAUGGGUGAUAUGCCCGGGCUCCCUGGCCUGUUCGUGUCCGGCAUCUUCUCCGCCAGUCUGUCGACCGUAUCGGCAGCCCUUAACUCAUUGGCGGCGGUUACGCUAGAGGAUUAUCUGAAACCACUGUACCUGAAGGUGAAGCGGAAACCGUUGCCCGACCUGCAAUCUAGCUUCCCGAGCAAGGUGAUGGCGUUCCUGUACGGUGUGAUCUGCAUUGCCGUGGCUUUUCUCGCGCAAAAGAUGGGCGGUGUGCUACAGGCAUCGCUUACGAUUUUUGGCGUUGUCGGCGGACCACUGUUUGCACUGUUUUCCAUGGGAAUGUUCACCACGCGUGCCAAUCAGCGGGGCGUGAUUACGGGAUUGCUCGUGGGACUCUCAUUUUCGCUUUGGAUAGGCUUCGGACAACCUAGACCACCGACAAAAACGCUCGACUUUUCCGUGGAAGAUUGUUCCGCCUUCGGGGGUUUCAAUCAGACGAGCCUACCGCUGGCGAUGGCACAGCGGGCCGCAGAACCGCGUGACGAUUCCGAUUACUUCUACCUUUACCGGGUGUCUUAUCUGUGGUUCAGUGUACUUGGGUAUCUUGUGACGUUCAUCGUUGGCUACGGUACCAGCUUAUUACUGCGAUGGCGCGGUGCUCAGGGUACCGAGCGGAUUUACCUGGAUGAGCAGCAAACCUAUAUAAACACAGACCUAUUUUCGCCCCCGGUUGCCCGUGCCAUGAAGCAGCGGAUGGCAAAGUUUAUCGAAAAUGGUGGAGAUAUUGACGCCACAGCUAGGCAGCAUCAAAGUAGUGUGGAGAUUCCUACGGCUGCCAAGCAAGGUGCAAGUCCACUCUAA